CGGAGAGGAUGAAUGAAGCGGGAGUGGGCGCCGAGCGGCCGCCAGAGCGUGGUGAGCAGCGCGGCGGCCGGGACCUCUGGACGAUCGAACCAGCUGUUGGAAUCCCGCGCGUCCGUUCCCACGGCUGUCACUGCCACACCCUCAGCGGAGAUGCCCCAGCACUCGACGGGGGACAAGCCCCUCAUCUCAAUGCCGCAGCUGGUCUUCCCCGGCCUACCCUCGGGCACUGACAGCGAGUGUGACCACACACCCUCCAGCAGGCGGGUGUCCCUCAGUGCACCCCUGAGCCAGCCGCUGUGCCAGCCCGAGAAGCGUGGGCCCCAGGCAGCCCAGGAGGUGUGCUACGUGGCAGCUGGACAGCCUGGGGAGGCUUGCGGCUGGCGGGCCUUUGCCCCCGCGUGCCUGCAGGCCUUCAACACACCGCAGGGCUUCCUGCUGUUCCUGUGCGUGGCCUCCUUCCUGCAGGGCAUGACGGUGAAUGGCUUCAUCAACACCGUCAUCACGUCCAUCGAGCGGCGCUAUGACCUUCACAGCUACCAGAGCGGCCUCAUCGCCAGCUCCUAUGACGUGGCUGCGUGCCUCUGCCUCACCUUCGUCAGCUACUUUGGAGGCCAAGGCCACAAGCCCCGCUGGUUGGGCUGGGGCGUGCUGGUCAUGGGCACUGGCUCGCUGGUCUUCGCGCUGCCGCACUUCACCGCCGGCCACUAUGAGGUGCAGGUGGAUGAAGUCGUGGGGACCUGCUGGGCCAACCACAGCUCAACAUGCAGGGAUGGCACCUCCGGCCUGUCCAGCUACCGGCUGGUCUUCAUGCUGGGCCAGUUCCUGCAUGGCGUGGGUGCCACACCGCUCUACACACUGGGCGUCACCUACCUGGAUGAGAACGUCAAGUCCAGCUACUCACCGGUCUACAUUGCCACCUUCUACACCGCGGCCAUCCUUGGCCCCGCAGCUGGCUACCUGGUGGGCGGCGCCCUGCUGAACAUUUACACCGAUAUCAGCCAACAGACGGAGCUGACCACCGAGAGCCCACUGUGGGUGGGCGCCUGGUGGGUCGGCUUCCUGGGCGCUGGGGCUGCUGCCUUCCUCGUCGCAGUCCCCAUCCUUGGCUACCCACGGCAGCUGCCAGGCUCCCAGCGCUAUGUGGUCAUGAAAGCAUCUGAAACAUACCAGCUGAAGAACAGUAGCCACAAGGUGACCAGCAACCCUGACUUCGGGAAAACCAUCAGAGACCUGCCUCUCUCCAUCUGGCUCCUCCUAAAGAACCCCACGUUCAUCCUGCUCUGCCUGGCCGGGGCCACCGAGGCCACGCUCAUCGCCGGCAUGUCCACGUUCGGGCCCAAGUUCAUCGAGUCGCAGUUCAGCCUCAGCGCCUCAGAAGCCGCCACCUUGUUUGGGUACCUGGUGGUGCCAGCGGGAGGUGGAGGCACAUUCCUGGGUGGAUUCUUUGUGAACAAGUUCAAACUCCGAGGCUCCGGGAUCAUCAAGUUCUGCCUGCUCUGCACCCUGGUCAGCCUGCUGGCCUCCUUCAUCUUCCUCAUGCACUGCCCCGGGGUUCCCAUGGCAGGUGUGACCGCUGGCUACAACAGGAGCCUCCUGCCUGAAGGGCACCUGGAGCUGAUGGCUGCCUGCAACACUCACUGCGGCUGCCAGACAGAGCACUACAGCCCCGUGUGCGGCUCCGAUGGCCUCAUGUACUACUCGCCAUGCUAUGCGGGCUGCUUGGAGGUGGCCGUGUCUGGCCCGGGCGGCCAGAAGGUGUACCGAGACUGUAGCUGUAUCCCUCAGAAUUUUUCCUCUGGUUUUGGCCAUGCUACCGCAGGGAAAUGCACUUCAACUUGUCAGAGAAAGCCCCUCCUUCUGGUUUUCAUAUUCGUUGUAAUUGUCUUUACCUUCCUCAGCAGCAUUCCUGCACUAACAGCGACUUUACGGUGCGUCUGUGAUCAGCAGAGAUCUUUUGCACUGGGAAUCCAGUGGAUCGUGGUUAGAACUCUAGGCAGCAUCCCGGGGCCCAUUGCCUUCGGCUGGGUGAUCGACAAGGCAUGUCUGCUCUGGCAAGACCAGUGCGGCCAGCAGGGCUCCUGCUUUGUGUACCAGAAUUCGACCAUGAGCUGGUACCUGCUCAUCGCAGGGGUGGGAUACAAGGUCCUGGGCUCCAUAUUCUUUGCCAUUGCCUGCUUUCUGUACAAGAGCCCAUUGGGGUCUUCUGAUGGCCUGGAGCCUUCUCUGCCCAGCCAGUCCUCGGCCUCUGACAACCCCUCAGACCUUCAGGAAGCCCCCUCAGCUCUCCGGAUCCAGAGUGACAUCUGACGGCCCAGCUGCCCACCCAGGGGCAUGGACUUGCCACAUAGCAUGUCCUGGAAACACUGUCUCAUUGCUCCCUGGAAGCGGGGACCCCUCCCCGAUUGAGGCCCAGCAUUGAAGACCUGCAAAAAUCUGCUGGUGGAUCUUGGGGGACUGAGCUGAUGGCCACAUGUCGAAGCCUCAAGGGCACCGGGGAGGAAGAAUGCAAGAUGCAUCCAAGUGGAAGCCCCUGGCCCAGCCCCCCUGGACCUCGCCGAUGGAGCAGGGUGACCGGCUCUUGGCGUGGGAGGAGCAGCUGGCUUCCCGGCUGGAUGAGGCACCAUCUCUCUUUGGUCCCUCACUCUCAGCUCUUUCCCAUGGACUUGGCCAGAUGGCGUCCCUGGGAGCCUCAGGGUCCCUUGGAAACAUGGACAGCUGUGCUUGUAAAGCCACCUGUGCCCUCCUAUGUGACUGCGUCUGUCAUUGCACAGAAUGCAAAACCACCUGUGGACUCCAGGGAGCUGCUUACGUGUCCCCUCUUCUCUCCUUCCAGCGGCAGAUGCUUGGAGUGAGUGGUGCCCUGUGGAGAUGCUGAGCUCCCAUCAUGGUCUUAGAUGCCCGGGGCUCCUCACAGUGCUCACGCUGAUGCUGGCCUGGUUGAGGCCGCUCAGAGGAAGGGACAGGGAUCCCACACUGUGGACAAGCUGGUGCCUUGAGGCUCCUGGGUGGGUCCAUGGCAUUUUUCAGGCAGCCUGCCUUGAUGUCCCACAUUUCUCCUGAUAAAAAGGAGACCCGGGGGCUGUGUCCUGGGGAACUUCUCUUUCAGGUGUUGUUGUAAACCUGCUGUCACCUCCUGUCCUCAGGCUCAUAACCCUACAGCGGGACAGGAGCAACCUAAGAAUGUAGCUAUGGACCCAUAUUGUGCAAAGCACUUAUUUAUAGAAUUUGUUUUUACUUGACCAUUUGCUGAGCACUUGUGAAUUCUACCCGGAGGGCAUUGGGACUUGUGUGGAAUGUUUACUGUCCAUGUCCUCUGUUAAAAUUGUAUGUAUGUAAAUAUAUUUUAAUAUUUAAAGCAUAUAUUCCUUCCCAGUGUGUUUUAUAACCAUAAAUCU